CAAACCCAUUUUAAAUGAGUUUCACAACACCUACAGGCUACAGCACAGUACGUACUAUCUCUCUCCGAUGCUUCGCCGCAAUGUCCCGCCCCGCACCACAAUCCCGCCCCGCACCACAAUCAUCUCAACCAUCCGCCAAAAAUCAAGCGGCGGAAGACGACCAAAGAAAAAAACCUACCACCGAGUCCCCGAACUCGACAGAGUAAUGGAGCUUCGCAAGAAACCCAUAACAAUCCUCGAACUCAAAACCCUAAUCCAAUCCCAACCAAAAAACAGCCCUCUCUUCCUCCGUGACCUCGAGAAAAACGUCGGCUUUGUUCGCAAAUGGGACUUCAUGACCCUCAUCGAAAAACACCCCACCAUUUUCCGCGUAACUGGGUCUCCCCCUUUCGUUCAUUUCACCGAUAAGGCCCAUCGAGUGGCCCAAGAAGAAGCCCGGGCCCGGAUUCUGAUGGAGCCGGUUUUGGUUAAUAAUCUUAGGAAGAUGCUUAUGCUUUGUGUUGAGAAUAGGAUUCCUCUUGAAACGGUUGAGUUUGUUGGACCUGAGAUGGGUUUGCCUUGUGAUUUUAAGGGAUGUUUGAUUGAUAAGUAUCCUCAGUUUUUUUCUGUUAGGGCUUUCAAUGGAAGGGAUUAUGUUUAUUUGGAGGAUUGGGAUUCUACUUUGGCUGUUACUGCUAGAGAAACUAGGUUGGCACAAGAAGGAGUUGUUGUGAACAUGAAACCAAGCGAGGAUAAGAAGAAGGUGAAGAUUUCAAAAGAUGGGAACUAUGCUGGUCCAUUUGCAUUCAAAGUGAACUUUCCUACUGGUUUUAGGCCAAAUGUUAAUUUCCUUGAACAGUUUGAACGGUGGCAGAAAUUGGAGUUUCCUUCUCCUUAUUUAAAUGCAAGAAGGUUUGAUGCCGCAGAUCCGAAAACUCGAAAACGGGCCUUGGGAGUGAUUCAUGAGCUUCUCAGCUUGACCAUGGAGAGGAGGAUGACAUCUGCCCAACUGGAUGCAUUUCAUGCAGAGUGUUUCUUGCCGUCGCAAUUGCUGCUUUGCUUAAUAAAGCAUCAUGGGAUAUUUUACCUCACUAAUAAAGGUGUAAGGAGUACGGUUUUCCUCAAGGAUGCGUAUGUUGGUUCUAACUUGAUUGAUAAGUGUCCUUUAUUGCAAUUUAAUGAUAAAUUUGUGGCACUCUGUGGUAGAGGAAAUGUUGAUUUGUGUGACAUCAAGAGUUCUUUACAAGCUGUUGUUUAGAAGUUGAAUAUUCUGGAGUCUGUCAGUUUCUCUCCCUGUGUAACGGAUGGAUGAUCGCAAUCCAAGCUCAUGCGCCUCAUACUUUCACAGAAUUUCUUAUUGGAUUGGAUCAUUUUAAUUGUGCGCACCUUACAAGCGUCAAGAUCAAGGUGUUGUAGAAAAGUGUAUCUUGUCAAAUUAUGAACCUUGCGGUAUCUUUGGCUCAUUUAGUUGACAAUUUGCUCUGCUAAUCCAAUGUGUAUAUUUGCUCUCGAGUAACAUCUCUCAGAUCACUCUCAGAGUGAUUAAAAAACGGCACGUGUGAAAUGAGGUUUGAAUAGAGACUUUGGCACUAUAUGGACCCUUCGACAAGAUCUUACCUACAAUGUGCUCCUCUUAAUGCAUACAUGGGUGACAAGUUAAGGACAUGUAAUCACUUAAAGAGAAGCCGUCAGAGUUUUGGUGCAGUAGUUUUUCUGAAUGCUUUUCCCACUCGUUCGAGCAAAUGUUCUUACCAGGAAAAACUUAGGCAUCACUGAAUGUUUUGGUUCAGAAAUUGUUCUUGAUAAAAAAUAUUCAGCCUCAAAAAGGAAUUUCAACUUUCAACAAAAGGUUAUUAUGCUGACUUGGGGGUGUACAGAACCUGUCCCAGCCUGCAGACCCGUUAGGUCUGACCCGAAUCUGGAAAAAAGCUUCUAAAUUAGCAGGAAGGGACGCGGACGGGUCCGGGUUGACACUUGGGUCACCUAGUCUCUACCAUUUGUUAGUGAGGACUAGGGUUGUUUUUUACUUACCAAGUAUUAAGGAAACACUAGACAUCAAUGUAUUGCUCGUCAAAAUACUCCAUUGUUCAAAUUUAAACUUAGUCACUCUGGUAUUUAUUCUAAUUUAUUUUUGCUCAUGAAAUGGCUUUAUUUGCUGAGUUGGUUUCA